AGGUAGACAGAAACUCAGGCUUUCUGCUGUAAUGUCACUCGACCGACUCUCUCCAGCCAGACACUGACAGAAUUAACAGGGGAAAUGAAAGGAUACCGAACCAUCAAAUAUACCCUAUUUGUCUGUUGUUAUGUAUUCUGGGUAGCAAGUGCUGUCCUUAUAGCUGUGGGGGUAUACGCAAAGGUUGCCAAAGAGAAAGAUGUUGUCGACACACUGAUGGUAGACCCGGCGCUGGUGUUGAUCAGUGUUGGAUCUGUGAUGUUCAUGAUAACGUUCCUCGGCUGCUAUGGGGCACUGCGUAACAACAGCUGCCUGCUGAAGACAUUUCUAGGAAUAUUGGUGGCCAUCCUCUUACUCCAGAUAGCUGCUGCUGUGCUCGGCUACCUCUUUACUCACACGGUAAUGGAGAGGACACAAAAGCUGAUGAUGAAAGCUAUAGUCCGCUACAGGGAGGACCAAGACCUGGAAAAUCUUAUUGAUUUUAUACAGAAGAAGUUCCAGUGCUGUGGAGUCCAGAACUUCAUGGACUGGUCCCAUAACGUCUACUUUGAAUGUUCUGACACCAACCCCAGUCUGGAGGCCUGCGGUGUCCCCUUCUCCUGCUGUGUCCACUUACAAAACCAGACGGUGUUAAACACCAUGUGUGGCUAUGGGAUGCAGGACUUGGAGGAGAGCUCUGCUGGGGGGGACAUCUACACCGUGGGCUGUGUGGAGAAGAUCAUCUGGUGGGCCAAACGUAAUCUGUUCUUGGUGGCUGGCCUGACUGCAGGUUUGCUCUUACUUGAGAUCUGUAUGAUCUCCUUAGCUGCUGCUCAGAUCUAUAGAAUAAAGAAAGUUCAACAACAGCGGAGAGAGAAAGAUCUCAGGGAGAUGUCCUUCAGCAGGGAAAGGAAAGACAGCUACUGGUACCCUGCCUUUAGUGACUUCAAGGACGAAUGAGAUCUGCUUCAGCUAGGA